AUGAACCCGCGCCCUGAAUAUCAUUACACCAUCCAUCCCGCGGCUUCUCCAACCAUGCCGAAAGAGUCUAAGACGAUUGAUCCGGCUAUCUCCUCUUUCCCUCCACAAGAUGACUCAAACGGGGAUAGGUUCGAAGAGAUGUCACAAUACGGUAUUAUCGAGACACCAGGAGGCAGCAGAAAGAAGAAGCAAAGGUCGAAAAAGAAGAGAGUUCCUAUUAUUGAGCAGAACGGCAGUGGUAGCCACCAGACAGCUAAUACCGUUUCCUCCCUUGUACCAACUGAGGAUACUAUGGCAAUAGACCGGAUAUUGGAGAAGAAUCCGAGUCUGGAGAGAGCUCAAGUCGAUGAAAUGUUGCGGCUAAUGAAAUUGGAAGACAAAUUGACUGGUGGGAAGAAGGACAUGGAGAGUUAUAAAUUCUGGAACACCCAGCCAAUUGCGAGAUUUGACGAAGAGGGGGCUUUAAAGCCAGAUGGUCCAGUGCGGGACACAAACCCAGAAGUGGUUCCACCUCAUGGGGUUGAGCUUCUGGAUGGAUUUGAAUGGGUCACCAUGGAUCUCAAUGACCCGAAGCAUCUGGAUGAGAUCUAUGAGCUUCUCAAAGCCCAUUACGUAGAAGACAAUGAGGCUAUGUUCCGCUUCAACUACUCUAUAUCCUUUUUGAGCUGGGCCCUUAAACCUCCUGGCUGGAUUCCCGAGUGGUAUGCCGGUGUACGAGUUACCGCAUCUCGGAAACUCGUCGCCUUCAUCUCAGGUGUGCCGGCGAGCCUGAGAGUACGUAAAAAUACUAUUCGGUGCUCUGAAAUCAACUUCUUAUGUAUACACAAGAAGCUGCGGUCGAAACGUCUAGCCCCCGUCCUUAUUGGAGAGAUCGCAAGACGUUGUGAUGUAGAGAAAUGUUGGAACGCAGUUUAUACCACUGGGAUCGUGCUGCCCAGCCCAGUCAGUACCUGUAGGUAUUUUCACAGGUAUUUGAAUUGGCUAAAGUUGUAUGAGGUCGGGUUUAGCUCUUUACCUCAUGGCAGCACGCAGACGAGGCAGACUGCAAAAUUUAGAUUGCCGUCGAGGACAAGUAUCAAGGGACUGAGAGAGAUGGAACCAAGGGAUUUAAAUGCCACUCACAACCUACUCAAGAGAUAUCUUGAAAAGUUUGAUAUGGCACCAGAAUUCGACAUAAAUGAAGCCGAGCAUUGGCUGCUACACAAAGAGGCUAGUGAUUCUGAGGAGAGAGUCGUUUAUACUUAUGUUGUGGAGGAUGAAGGACGCAUAACGGAUUUCUUUUCGUUCUAUGCGCUUGAGACUUCAGUGAUAUCCAGUAGCAGCAAGCAUAAGAAGAUUUGCGCGGCUUAUCUUUCCUACUAUGCCACUGAAGUCACCCCUAAAGAGUCUAAGAAAGAAAUGAAGAUACGGUUGAACGCGCUGAUAAACGAUGCGCUUAUAAUUGCCAAUAGGUUGAAAUUUGACGUCUUUAAUGCUCUUACACUGCUUGAUAAUAACUUGUUCUUGAAUGAUCAAAAAUUUACUGCAGGCGAUGGGCAACUUCAUUAUUAUCUGUUUAACUGGCGAACCGCAUAUAUCAGAGGUGGUAUUGAUGAGAAUAAUGAUAUCGAUGAAGAGAAUGGAAGCGGGAUUGGUCUCAUCAUGCUGUGA